AUGCGCGGGCUGCUCUCUCGCAUCCACGUUAUUCCCGCGGGUCCCGGGGUGACGCCGGUGGAGCUCCGAGAGUCGGCCUCCGUGGCCGAGAGGGUUCAGGAGUGGGAGGCCCAGAGGAGUUCGGCGGACGACGCCAGAGGCGAUCCCGGCACUUUGAUCGAACUGGCUUGCGGAGAGGAGGAGGACCUGAUCGAGCUCAGGGAAGAGGACGGGGCUGACGAACAGGACCGGAUGCUCCUCCAGGAGUUGGCGACCUGGGGCCCAGGUCCCGGGGACGAAGACUACAGUCCGACAUCCUCGUUCGCCACGGCCGGACCGACUCCAGGCGGGCCCCGGCGGGGCCAAGAGGCUCUUGUAGUGAUUGAGGUCGACGAUCUCAUUGUUUCUUGCGAACCCUCAUAUGAGAGUGAGCUCAAGAAGUUGCUGACCAGCCGUUUCCAUUUCGGUAAAUUGCAGGUCGGUGAGGCCGAAUACGCGGGGAGAAGGAUCCGCCAGCAGCCUGAUGGGCGCAUUCUCGUCGACCAGGAAAAGUAUAUCCUGGAGCAGGUCCGCCCCAUGAGACUCGACAAGGAGCGUGUUAAAUGUCCCGAGGAGUUGCUCGAUGCAGGAGAGCUCCGAGACUAUCGCGGCCUAGUGGCGAAGAUUCUCUGGGCGGCCCGCCAGUCUCGUCCCGACGUGUCCGGAUCCGCCUCGAUGCUGAGCGCCGAAUGCCCACAGGUCAAGAUAGCCUCGGCUCCCAUGGCUAACAAGGUAGCUCGCCACCUCCGGUGCACGGCCAGCUCCUGUCUGACGAUUUGGCCCUUGGACCUGAGUGCCGUGACCAUGGUCACGUGCAGUGAUGCGGGGGGCCCCGGGUCCGCUAAAAGAGACGGUGCUCAAGGAGGCUGGCUCGUGAUGCUAGGGGACUCCAGGAUCAAAGACAAUCGUCGCUCUCGUGUUUCGCUCUUGUCUUGGAGAAGCCAGAGGCUCCGUCGAGUCGUCUCGUCCACUUUAUCGGCGGAGACGUUGAGUCUUUCCGGGGCUCUCGCCGAGGGACAGUGGUUGUGGCUCGUUUUCCGGGAUGCCUUGUAUGGAGAUGUGAGGGGGCCUGAAUGGUGGAACUCAGGGACGUCCUGCCCCUUUGCCGUCGCGCUCGUCGACGAGUGUGCCAUCGCCGAGGCUUCCGAGGGCGUCGCCGUAGUCGAUGCGAAGUCCCUCUUCGAUACGCUGUCCAAGAACUGCGGGGGUGCCAAGGCAGACCGCCGCAACGCCAUCGAGAUGGCGAUAGUCCGGGACUCGAUGACAGCCGAGGGGACACUGGUGAGGUGGGUUCCACACUGCAAGAUGCCUGCUGACGCUCUGACCAAGGUCGACCCAGGACGAGGGAAUGUUGCUCUGACUGAUCUCAUGCACAAGGGGAUGCUGGCGCUAACGGACGAGUCUGGAUCGCUCGACGAGCGGUCUCUCGACCUGUCGCUGAAAUCCCGGACUCGGAAUGCAUCACGACAGGCUCUACAGAGAGAGUCCCAGCCCACUGAGGCUGGCGAGGACGCAGAGGAGGCUGAGGAGGAGAGAGGAGGAGGAGGGCGCCCCGCCAGGACGCCGAGGAGGUCGCCCUCGCGUUCGCCUGGCCUGCCGGGCCCAGUACCCUCCGACCCGGGCCCGGAACCGAUGGGGGGAGAGGGAAGGGGCGUGGUCCGUGGAUCUUAG